AUGGAGCCAAGCACUGCCAAGCAAGAACAGGCUUCUAAAAGGCUUCGUCAACCAAUGAAGAUCGACUGGCUGUACCAGCCUCCAAACCGCAUCAAGCUAAGCCCUCCCUCGCUUCCCGAGCGUCUGAAACGAGACAGCAGGGCUGCUGCGGUAGCCGCUCUUCUCGCACUCGCCGUCGCAGUCUGCGUCGUGUCCGCCGUCGCUGUCCCAAUCACGCGGCGCGUCCGACGCGCCGCCCAGCUCGUCGGCCUGUGCGAGACCACGGCGUGCACCUCAUACGCUCGCAUGGUGGCGCAAAGCACGUCGGGAUCGGUCAACCCGUGCCACAACUUCUACCGCUUCGUCUGCGAAGGCUACGCCAACUCGUCGCGCUCAGUGUUCCGGGACCACAUGGACACCUUCACGAACCUCGUGGCACGCUCUCUGCGCACAGCCAUCGCGCCGGAGUCGGCUCAGAGCGCCUUCGAAAAAGCAGCCGUCUUCUACCAGUCGUGCGUCGCUGUUGUCGCCGAGGGGGUGAGCCAGUUCGACCAGUUUCGAGCGAUCAUGACUGACGCCGGAAUCCUCUGGCCACAAGUUUCCAAAAGACCAAACAUCAUGGCAUCGAUGCUCAAGAUGGCCAUCGCCUUGAACGUUUACACCCUCGCCUUUUUCGUGGCCGAAUAUGACAGGGGAACGUGCUUUAUUCAGAUAUGGAAGGGGGACGUCCUGGAGCACCUGAAGCGACGUCGCCAAGAACUCGAAUCCCACGACAAGUAUGAGGUUUACUACGACUCUUUUAUCCAAGUGUUUGAAGGGUAUGAUGGGAAUGCAUCAAUGGGUGGCUCUUUGCUAAACGCGGCUACCUCUGGCAGCACGUCGACGCGUUGGGAGUAUUUCCUCCAAAUUGAAAACGUCGCUUUCCACUACCUCACUGGACGGAAAGCGGCUGUGAAAACUGUAUUCAAUGAUGUCGGCAAAUUAAAUCACGUGUCUCCGUCUAUAUCGCCAAAACGCUGGGCUGACUUGUUCGGUCAAAUGAUGUUCGCGCCACUCAAUAAAUCGGAAAACCUAUCGUUCGCGUCCCUGCCAUGUUCUCAACAGAUAACAGUGUGGGAUGCGCAAUACCUGCGCGCUCUGGAUGACCUAUUACUUGCUAUCGGCGAGCAGCGGCUCCACUUCUAUUAUGGCUGGACCGUCGUCCAGGCUUUGGCUCGCUUCAUGUCUUACGGCCUGGCCGUACUCAGCUACGGAAGCAAGAAGUCAGUGCGGUACCAGUCGUCCCUUCACUGCUUGCGACUGACAGAGACAACUGUGGGUGUGGUAAUGUACCAGAGGUACGCAGCCGAGAACUUCAGACAGGACAUACGGGUUGAGUUGCACGAAAUAGUGAAUGUGGUGUACUCGGCGCUUCUGAGCAACCUUCAGGUGAUUCCGGAGCUGGACAUGCGCGACACGUCGAUUAACUUGCGGCAGCUAGAGCGCACGCUUCUUCCGAGGCUCGAGUUUCUUGACAACAAGGACCGACUUGAUAGGCUGUUCACCGACGUGCCGUCUAUGGCUCGCGGCUCAUUCGCCAGCAAUUGGCUGGAGCUACAGAGGGGACUGCGUCGGAUGAGCUCCGACGUGCGCAGAGCCAUCAGCUCUUGGUACCUGUCGAGCAUCGUGGGGGGAGCCAAUGGUUACUCGAUCCACAAGGCUGGCAGCAAGGGAGAGCUUGGACUCGCACCCUACUUGACCCUGCUGCCACUGUACGAUUCGAAUGUGGUGGACAGCGUCAAGUACGGCGGUCUUGGCUCGCUGAUUGCUGAGGCCACGUUUCAGUUCUUCGUGGACCAUUUGCCUGAGCAGAGCAGCUUCCACUCCCUCCUGGACCAGCGCAGUCACUGCUAUGAAACCGCUGGAACACUGCGCGGUCUUCACGGAGAUCCUGUCAAGCGUGCAGCUUUCAACCGCGCCAUCGCUCAGUCCUUUCUGUGGUACGCGUUUCGGUCUCCACUGCGACGACGUGACUAUAAUUGGCGCCUGCACGGCCUCGCAUCCUUCACCGAGCAGCAACUGUUUUUCAUGGCCUCCUGCUUUCCGCUGUGUGCCGGAUACCAGAGUGGAGUGGCCGAACUGACGUGCAACGAGCCUUUGAGGCAUAGCCGACACUUUCCGGGUGCCUUCCGUUGCCCGGGCGCUCCCAUAGACACUAGCGCCAGUGUUCCCUCUAGCGUAUAUUCAGGAAACGCUGUGGUGCUGGCCAUGGCCUCCGAGAUGGUGGGCGCGGGCGCGCCAAGUGCCCGCAAUCUCGGAGGCUAUGUGCUGGCUGAAGCUUGA